UGUAAACGUCUGGUGGUGACGUCAGCGAAUGGGCGGGGCCAACAUUCCAACUGCUGUCUACUUUUGUCUCUACGUGGAGGAGGCAGGACUGAGAGCUGGACGCUGUCUGGAAAUUUCGGGCGCACCGACAUCCCACUUUCUUCUGACUGACCACCUCAGGUCAAUCUGAGAAACAUGACUGGAAAAAUAACAAAAGAGGAGAUGGAGGAGAUGAGGGAGAUCUUUGAGAAAACUGAUCUGGACCACAAUGGAUACAUCUGUGAUCAUGAGCUCCAUGAACUCCUCAAAGAUGCCGGCCAUCCCCUGCCUGGAUACAUGGUUCGAGAGAUCAUCCAGAAACUGGAUCGCAACAAGGACAAUAAGAUCAGCUUUGAAGAGUUUCUGGCGAUCACUCAAGAGCUGAAGGGCAGUGAGGUAGCAAAAACCUUCCGCAAGGUCAUCAACAGAAAAGAAGGCAUCAUGGCUAUCGGAGGGACGUCUGUGCUGUCAAGCGAAGGCACACAGCACUCGUUCUCUGAGGAGGAGCGGUACGCAUUUGUGAACUGGAUCAACACCGCUCUGGAAAAAGACCCCGACUGCCAGCACGUCCUUCCCAUGGACCACCACGUGGACUCCCUCUUCACGUCUGUCGGGGACGGUAUCGUACUUUGCAAGAUGAUAAACCUGUCGGUGCCGGACACCAUAGACGAGAGGACAAUAAACAAGAAGAAGCUGACACCGUUUACGAUACAGGAGAAUCUGAACCUGGCCCUGAACUCUGCUUCUGCCAUCGGCUGCCACGUGGUAAACAUCGGUGCUUUAGACCUAAAAGAGGGGAAGCCGCAUCUUGUGCUCGGCCUGCUGUGGCAGAUCAUCAAGAUCGGCCUGUUCGCUGACAUCGAGCUCAGCAGAAAUGAAGCGCUGGCAGCAUUGCUGAAAGAAGGGGAAACCCUGGAGGACCUGAUGAAGCUGUCUCCAGAGGAACUGCUGUUGCGCUGGGCAAACUUUCACCUGGAAAAUGCUGGCUGGCAGAAGAUCAACAACUUCAGCUCUGACAUCAAGGACUCGAGGGCCUACUUCCACCUCCUGAAUCAAAUCUCUCCAAAAGGCACGGAUGAAGAUCACCCACGCAUUGACAUCAACAUGGGGGGCUUCAGCGAGAAAGACGACAUGAAGAGGGCAGAGGCCAUGCUCCAGCAGGCCGACAGACUUGGCUGCCGACAGUUUGUCACCCCGGCUGACGUCGUCAGUGGAAACCCCAAACUCAACCUCGCCUUCGUGGCAAAUCUGUUCAACAAAUAUCCAGCGCUGACCAAACCCGAGAAUGAGGACAUUAACUGGGGACUAUUGGAAGGGGAGACACGGGAAGAGAGGACAUUCAGAAACUGGAUGAACUCUCUGGGAGUGAACCCACAUGUCAAUCACCUGUAUGGAGACCUCCAGGAUGCCAUGGUCAUCCUUCAACUCUACGAGAAGAUUAAAGUGCCCGUGGACUGGAACAACAAGGUCAACAAGCCGCCCUACCCCAAACUGGGAACCAACAUGAAAAAGUUGGAGAAUUGUAAUUAUGCGGUGGAGCUUGGUAAAACAGCCAAGUUCUCCCUCGUUGGCAUCGGCGGGCAGGACCUGAACGAUGGCAACGCUACCCUGACUCUCGCACUGGUGUGGCAGCUGAUGAGAAGAUAUACAUUGAAUGUACUUGAAGGACUGGGUGAUGGACAGAAAGUAAAUGAUGACAUCAUUGUAAAGUGGGUGAACAAAACAUUGGAAGAAGCUGGAAAAUCAACAAAGAUUUCAAGCUUCAAGGACAAGGAGAUCAGCAGCAGCUUGGCAGUAGUGGAACUGAUCGACGCCAUUCAGCCCGGCAGCAUCAACUACGAGCUGUUGAAAACCGGCAGCCUCUCUGAAGACGAAAAGCUGGAGAACGCCAAGUACGCAGUCUCUAUGGCGAGGAAGAUCGGAGCACGCGUCUAUGCUCUCCCAGAAGACCUUGUGGAGGUGAAGCCCAAAAUGGUGAUGACGGUCUUUGCCUGCUUGAUGGGUCGGGGGAUGAAGCGGGCCUAAAGAGACUGGCUGGAAUCAUUGUGACACUUAUUCUUGCCCACCAGCCAUUCGAGUUUUGAAGAGCUUCCCCAAACUGAAAGAAUGAAGAUUGUUGGUUUUUUUUUUGUAUGACAAUAAAAUGAUGUCAGAGGCAGAAUUUGCAUGCGCCCCGGUCUCUUUUGAGGCGUUUACUGAACAAUGAUGUCCUCCUAUUUAAAGUGAAUCCACAAUACUAAAUUGUCUGAAGAGAUGGGUCUCUUGCUACAGUGGAUAAUGUGUCUCCAUAUUCAGGACUAGAUUAAUGUAAAAGAAUGUUGUUUUAAUGAGUAUUCAUAUUUCCAGCUGCAAGGUUGUUUACAUAUUUUUACGCCGACUGAUACGUAAAUGAUAUCCUUGGCUAAGCAACACACAUUCCUGAAUACCAUGAGUAAAAACGGUAAGCGAGAGAGGCAGGGUGUUUGGGUCGAGCACACCCAAAAAAACAAAAACAUCGCCUCUUCUUAAUGAAGUACAAGCAUGUCUUAAUACCUGCCAGCAUACAUUCUACAGGUCUGUAUACAGAAGCCAUUAAGGUGAAAUUAUAGGCAAGACCAGCUUGGCGUGGUGUCUGUCCCCUUGUACUCGUCAUUUGUUUGUUUCUUUGGGAUAUUUACUCGAGGUAAAUGCUGUCUUCUUUUGGGGCGUCUGGUCUUUGUUGUGUUGGACUCCUUUGGGCUGUUGUGGUGGAUGAGGAGCAGGCGGACUGGACUCUCCUGGCUUCUUCUGUGCCUUAUUGUCGCAAAGACGACGUGUACUCGCGCUUUCAGGUUUUCCCUUUUUUCUUUUGUAUUCAACAAUACCAAAUAUAAACAGUUACUUCAUUCCAGGUAGUUUCAUGAUAUUCUAUGACAAUGGCCAAAUUGUAUUUGGUCUAAUGUCCACGUCUACUCUUACGUGCUUGUAACAAUAAAUAUUAUGUUGAAAAAU